AUGGGUGAUGCUCUAGCCCAAAUGGCAACUACCAAGAACUCUAAGCCCCUGGAGCGCUUGGGUUUUUCUAACAAAUCAAUAAAUACAAGCCCUCAAAAUGAAGCUUCAUCAUCAAACUUGGCAUCCUCUGGCACCCGAGUGCAGCUUUCUGAACAAGACUUGAAAACAAUUCCUAGGUUAACUGUUAUCAGAGACAGAAUUAAAGCAGACUUGGAAGCAAACGCAAUAUCUACCGAUCAAAUGUCCGCAAUUGAUCAAGUCAAAACACUUGUUUCAUUUAAAAAAGACCGACUCAAACAGAGUAUUAAAUCAGUUCCAUCACAAUGUGAGGACACUGAAAUCAAACCAUCAGACCUCCAUAACGACCAAACGAAGAUUCGUUUGCAGCUGAGGCAAUACUUGUUUGAUACUUUGAAAGAAAUGAACAAUGAUCCAUCAAUACAACUGACAGAUAUAGAGUUUGAUCAGUUGAAACAAGAUAUGGCAAUCUUGUUGACUCUAUUACGAAAUGGUACUCUUCCAGAGAACCUAUUAAUCACAUUAACCACCACCAUGUAUAACGUACAAAAGGGAAGUUUCCAGCAGGCGACAUCCUCAUAUCUUCAGCUCAGCAUUGGAAAUGUCGCUUGGCCUAUGGGUGUAAAGGCUACAAACAUUCAUUCUAGAAAAGGAGACGAUAAAAUUACUAAAGGUUCAGCCAACAUUUCCAAAAAUGAUGGAACAGAACGUUGGCUACUGGCGUUGAAAAGAGUCAUUACCUACAAGGAAAAAAAAACAGUCUAA